CGCCGCCGGCCGCGGCAACAUGGGCGACCCCUGCCGAGAGCGCGCCGGCCUCCGGCGCUACCCCGAGCUCCCGGUGUGGGUGGUGGAGGACCACCAGGAGGUUCUGCCUUUUAUAUACAGGGCCAUUGGCUCAAGGCAUCUUCCUGACAAUAAUAUAAAUUUCAUGCAUUUUGAUUCACACCCAGACCUCCUUAUUCCUGUGAAUAUGCCAGCUGACACGGUGUUUGAUAAGGAAACACUUUUUGGAGAAUUAAGUAUUGAGAAUUGGAUUAUGCCUGCAGUUUACGCUGGCCAUUUUUCUCAUGUAAUAUGGCUUCAUCCUCCAUGGGCUCAGCAAAUCAGAGAGGGCAAACAUCACUUUCUAGUAGGGAAGGAUACUUCCACUACAACAAUCAGGGUUACAAGUACAGAUCACUACUUCCUAAGUGAUGGUCUUUAUGUAACUGAAGAACAACUAGAGAACCAAAGACCUUUACAACUGGAUGUAAUUAUGGUAAAACCUUAUAAACUGUGUAACAGUCAAGAAGAAAAUGAUGCAGCGUCUUCUGCUAAGAAGCCAAAGCUAGCCCUGGAAGAUGCAGAAAACACUGCCUCUGCUAACUGUGAUCCUUAUGCAGAAGGACUGGAAAAGGACACAGUGGCACAGAGAAAGGAACAAACUUGCCUGGAACCAUCAUGUUCAUGUUCUCCUGAAGGCCAGGAAGGACAGACUGGGGAAAUUCUGGAAAUUUUGAAGAACGGGGAUGCAUUUGUUUUAGAUAUUGACUUAGAUUUUUUUUCAGUGAAGAAUCCUUUCAAAGAAAUGUUCACUCAGGAGGAGUACAAAAUUCUACAAGAGCUAUACCAAUUUAAAAGACCUGAUGGCAACCUGACAGAGGAAGAUUUGGUAGAUUGUGUUGAUACUCGGACUCAUCAAUUAGAAGAUUUAGAAGCUACUUUUGCUGAUUUGUGUGAUGGUGAUGAUGAAGAAACUGUACAGAAAUGGGCUUCAAAUCCUGGGAUGGAAUCUCUAGUUCCACUUGUGCAGAGUUUGAAAAAACGGAUGGAAGUACCGGAUUAUGAAAUGGUUCACCAAGCUGGUCUAACCUGUGAUUAUUCAGAACUUCCUCAUCAUGUCAGCACAGAACAAGAAAUUGAGUAUCUUAUCCAGGCUGUGUAUUAUUUACUGAAAAACUUACCAAAACCUGCUCUUGUGACAAUAGCAAGGUCAAGUCUGGAUGAUUACUGCCCUAGUGAACAAGUUGACACCAUUCAAGAAAAAGUCCUCUGUGUGCUACGCUCUCUCUAUGGGACUCUAGACAUUCACCUCGUCUAUUCAGCAGAGUCUUCUCCAUCUUGAAACAACAAAACACUAGGCACCAAUUACAUAUUUAUGUAGUAACAGUUUUCAUUGACUUAUUGUAAACGAGUCUUCCAGAGAACACUUUGCUUUAAUAUUAACUUUCAGCUAAAACCUUUUAGGUAUUUUGAACCCCCAAACAUAUCAUGUUGAAUGAUAGCAACUAUUUUGGCGUCAAGUCUACCCCCAUUUGAUGGAGCUGUUACUGAUCUUUCUUCCUUUCCAUCAUUGCCCUCUUUUGUGAUUUUUUUUUUUCCACUUUUCCCCUUGGUCAUUUGCAAUAUAUGAGAUUCAUUCAAUUAUUUACUCAACCAACUGACAUUUAUUAGCAUUUGUGCCAGACAUAAUUAAAUGCUGGUAUAUGGUAAUGAAUAGAAUAGAGAAGGUUCCUGAGGCUGUCCUGAAGACAUCUGAAAAGCAGGGUAUGGAUAGUGAGAGAUGUUAUGGUCAAAAGGAAAACUAUAAACUAAUCCUCGGCAUCCUUAUAGUACUCAGGACACCCUGGUCUUAGAAGAAAGUAAGGCUACUACCAAAAAAAUAACAAACAUACUUACCCACUGAUGAAAAUGUUGCAGAAGUGUACCUUCCCAAGACUGUUGGAAUUUUGACCCAACUCUCACCAAAAGUUCUCCAGCAUUUUUGGUAUUGAGGUUUAUUUGAACAAACUCAACCAAGCAAAAAUUAACUUUUCUUUGUUAACCAGAAACGCCUUCCUGUUGGUCAAUGUGGGCCCCUAUCAUUGUUACAGUUCCAAAGUGCCACUUUAUUGGCAUUCUGGGUUGAUAAUUUUUUUCAAAUAAUUUUUUCCACCAGCCUUCUAUGAAUAAGAGACCCUACCUUCAUUGUGGAACUUUUCAUUUAUUCAAUUUGCCAAAAUCUUCUACUUCAGAGAAGUGGGUACUUUAGUAUCCUUUAUGUUCAGUAGUCAUUUAUUUUUUAAGAUUUAUUUAUUUAUGCAUACAAGAACUGGGUGUGGUCAGAGGUGUGGGGUGUGAGAGGAUUCACCAAAGACACAGUGGGAAACAGAACAGGCAGAUUGACUGAAGUACAAUGCUGAGGGGAGCAGUGGGUGAGUCAGAAAGGUCUGCUGUGCCAUGUGGAUAGCUCCCUGGCUGGCCAGAGAUCGAGCUUGUGCUGCAGUGGAUGCGGAUAGCUUCAUAGGUUGCGUCCUAACCUCUUGCAGCACCACGGAGGCCCCUCAGUAGUCAUUUUUAACUGCCAACUUGAUUUCUUUUACUUUGAAAGGUAGGAUAGCAUUUAAAUAAGAAAAACAAAAUUUCCAUCAUUUCCCUGUCUGAACACGAGUCAUUUUCAUUCUUGCAUGUAACUUUCAGGCCUUUACUGCAUGUGUACAGUAGAGUUGCAUGUAUCCAAGAUGAGGGUGUGUUACCUAAACUGACGGCCAUACUCUGGGGACACGUUACCUUUUCCACUCAGUAGAUGGCACCAGAUCCCGUUUUCUCAGGGAUUCUGUUUCCAGCCAGCAUUUCUUGUCAACAAGUCGGUUUCCCCAAGCUGAUAGUGUGGAUAUUUAUUUAUUUAAUUUUUGUGUGAACGACAAAGCAAACUCAUCUAGCUUUCUAAUAUUGAAAGAACAUUAUGUGCCAAAACUUUAUUUCUCUGUAAGAUCAGAAUUACAGAGUAGUACUAUUAUUUUUAAAUUUUUCAAAGUUUUCUAUUAGAGUUCUGUAAAUAGAUGUUACUUGAGAGUAAAUUAUUUUGUGUGCUAAAAAAUAAAAAGGUGUGUAUUGAGGAUUUAAGAUUUAAAAUCAUGUGCUAGCACUAAUGAAUUUUAUGUGAUUUCAGUGUGUUCUUGGCAUUAAUCUUACGAAUCUGGUUUAGAAGUCAUUAAUUAUGAUAUCCAUGAACUCUGAUGUAACUCCGUUAUUUUAACUCAGGUAGAAUAAAAGGGCAUUUCCUUUUUAGAAACACUCAGAUUGUUUAGUUCUUAUGGACUGUAAUUCUUUUUGAAGAGUAAAAUUCAGUCCCUACUUGUUAUUUAGAACCAACUUAGUAAUUCCUGUGUAUUUGAAAUGGUAAGGUAUUUAGUUUAUCAAGACAGCCUUCAUUUGUGUUUCAUUUACCAAUGAGGAAUACGCAGAACAGUCUUGUGGAUUAUGUACAAAUACCACUGUAGUGUGUUUUUGAGCAGCUUUUUUAAAAAUGUGACAGAUUUAAUGGGCCAUUCCCCUCUGAUAAUUACCAAGUAUUUAUUUCCUAGUAUCUAGGGAGGGAUUUUCUUUUAGUUUCUUUCAAAAUACUUUCUGUUGAUAGCUAUUCUCAAGUGUGCCAGGUUCUCAAGAAGCUUUUAGUCAAUGUCCUUCCCUCUUUGUAUGAUAUUCUCUCCAAAAUUCAUUUUGAUUUAGUAGGCAUGACCAUGGGC